AGAAGACCCUCUUCCGCUCUUUCUCUCUCAACUUGUAUCAAACCGUGAAACAUAGUACAAAAGCCAACAACACUGUACGUUUGGUCUUUCAUUUUGAGGGACAUGGAGACUGUGGAAGCGAACCCUCAUAUCCUUCACCCGCUUUUUGGAGGAGCCCUGUCCGCUGCCAUCCCUCCAAGCUCCACGGACAUCAGCACCUUGAGGGAAAUCCCAGACAACCAGGAAGUGUUCGCCCACGCACACACCGACCAGAGCAUCAUCGUGGAGCUUCUCGAGUACCAGUCCCAGGUGGCAGACCAGGACGCUGCCAGCUACCACUUUGAAGACAUUGCUGGGAGUAACAAAGCUUUGGAGCCGGGUGCUUUUCAAGUCACUAAUGUUGUCCCUCUUCCUAAAUCUGAGCUGUCCCUGUCACAAUGCAGCUCUGGUUGGUUGUUAACAGGGACUCAGUCUGUGUCAAAGUUCAAUGAAGAAGCAAGGAAUACAGUGACCAUUCACCUUGGUCUUUUCCGGCUGCCUCAGUUCUCCACAGAUAUUUUGGUGACAUUCAAUGAUCCACAGAGUAUAAGCCUGAAUAGCAGCAGUGCCAGUUCAGCCGGGAUGUACAGUGAGCCAUGGACUGUUCAGGACUUUCAGAGGUUGCUUCAGUCUCUCACUCUUCAUGAUCCAGGACUGUUUGGGUAAAACACCUCCUACUGUAGUAUCAAGUAUCACUGUCAGUAGUCUGGUCAAUGCAACAUGUUGCAAUAGGUGAAGUCAAUUCUGGCAAAAUAAUAGUGCAAGUCAAAACACAGUUAAAUUAAAAACAUAUGAGCCCAGGCAAUGUUCACAUAAAUAUUUUGAUUUAGAGGUGGAAUGUCUAAUUAGUUAUUGGGAUUUGGCAGUUCUGAAUGGUAAUCAAAAAACAUGUGCUGACUUUUUUGUUGUGCAGAACAUUUUAAAGAGUUCCACCUCUCACAAUGGAAAACUGCUUUCUUUAAUGAGUGUCACAUGUCUGUCAGAUCAGCUGGUCAGUCUAUUAAACAUCUUGUAGUAACAUAUUUCAUUAGUCUCAUGUGGAAAAAUAUCUGUGGCUUCAUUUAAAGGUAAUGUGUAUAAGCGUUAAGCAUAAUUCAAGCUUUUUCUAAGAGACAGAUUUAUAUGAUGGAAAAUGACCCUUAUGCCUUUUACUUUGAUGUUAAAAAUAAUGAAACAGAUGAUUACGGUAACUCAAAGUACAUACUGUGACUGGUGUUUUGUCCAGAUUUUCUGUAUUAAGACUAUGAAUGCAGGUAGGUCUUACAUAACAAAUUAGAGGAAGCAAUCUGUCUGGCUGAGCCACAUCAAACCCGCUUCUUCUGCUGUAAUCACACUGGUGGUUUAGCAUCUCAUAAAGUUAGGCAUUUAUUCCUGUUAGUAAUGGCUAAUGUUCUGAGCUAUCCUGAGCACACAAAACAACAAUGGCUGCAGUUACAUCUGCACAAAAUCUGUUUAUUAUCAGAUGUCUUGAGUUAAAAUGGCAUGUUAAACAGCAAAUCAUCUGGAUUCUUUCUGAUCAUAGUCCUUUUGAUUACACACAUCAGAUUGGCAGUUUGCAUGUCAUUUAAAUAAUCUUAAAGGUCCAGACAUUAGAUGAUAAUCAGUUUGGUGUGCAUGUAAACAAAGCCAAUAACUCAAUAAACAAACACAUCAUAGCUUCUGUUAACAUAUCCAGCCCUUGCAAAUACAUGGUUAGUACAUAUUCUGUCAGAACAGUUGAUACAUCAAACAUAAAAAUUAUUUACAUGUG